AAUAGUAAUGAUAAUAGAAUACAAGACUCAUUAUCUAAUAUCUGUAUAGAUACUAAUACAAAACCCUCAAUACAACAAAAUAUGUUAAAAGAUAAUUUUCUUACUAAAGAUAUAAAUGAUGAAAAUACUAAUCUAGAGCUCUGUCAUACUGUGAAUCUAAAAUAA